GCUUCACCGACUGGAACAAGUAGCGCCUGUAGAGGGGCGAGUCAGUCCCAGUUCCGCCUGUUGCAUUUAAUCAGCAAUAAAGAAAUAACAUUUCAUCCUGAUUUGAUCUGAUCUCAUCUAGGAGGAACUUUUGGCUGUGUGAGGAUUUAUCUGCACUGUUUGCUGGCGAUUCAUUCUCUGUGCCAUGGCUGAUGUGACCGACUCCUCCUCGGACGUGGCGACCCGAUUCGCCCGAAAAGGAGCGCUGAGGCAGAAGAACGUGCACGAGGUGAAGAACCACAAAUUCACCGCCAGGUUCUUCAGGCAACCCACCUUCUGCAGCCACUGCACCGACUUCAUCUGGGGCUUUGGAAAGCAGGGAUUUCAGUGCCAAGUGUGCUGUUUUGUGGUCCAUAAGCGCUGCCAUGAGUUCGUUACGUUCUCCUGCCCUGGGGCCGAUAAAGGACCCGACACAGAUGAUCCGAGAAGCAAGCAUAAGUUUAAGAUCCACACGUAUGGCAGCCCUACAUUUUGUGAUCACUGCGGUUCUCUGCUGUAUGGCCUCCUUCACCAGGGCAUGAACUGUGACACCUGUGAUAUGAACGUACAUAAGCAGUGCGUGCUGAAUGUACCAAGCCUGUGUGGAACAGAUCACACCGAGCGCCGUGGACGAAUCUUCUUGAAGAUUGACGUGACUGGAGAAGAAAUGCAUGUCUCAGUGGGUGAGGCCAGGAACCUGAUUCCUAUGGACCCUAAUGGAUUGUCAGAUCCAUAUGUAAAGCUCAAGCUCAUCCCUGACCCCAAAAAUGAGACCAAACAGAAGACCAGGACCAUCCGCUCCUCUCUCAACCCCACCUGGAACGAGUCCUUCACAUUUAAGAUGAAGCCCACAGAUAAGAACCGGAGACUCUCAGUGGAGGUGUGGGAUUGGGACAGAACCACCAGGAAUGACUUCAUGGGUGCCAUGUCCUUUGGGGUGUCAGAGCUCAUGAAGUGUGCAGCCUGCGGAUGGUAUAAGUUGCUGAACCAGGAGGAAGGCGAGUAUUACAGCGUGCCAAUCCCAGAGGAGGAUGAUGGAAAUGAUGAGCUCAGGCAGAAGUUUGAGGUAAGAUUUUUUGUAAAAGCAAAGCUGGGCCCGGGUAAGAAGGCCAUUACUCCUAUUGAUGAUGGCAGGACCAGUUUUCCCUCCAACAGCUUGGACCAGGUCAAGCUCUCUGACUUUAAUUUCCUAGCCGUGUUGGGGAAAGGAAGCUUCGGAAAGGUAAUGCUAGCAGAAAUAAAGACCACAGAGGAGUUGUACGCUAUUAAGAUUCUGAAGAAGGAUGUGGUGAUACAAGACGAUGAUGUGGAAUGCACCAUGGUGGAAAAGAGGGUGCUGGCACAACAGGACAAACCUCAGUUUCUCACCCAGCUUCACUCCUGCUUUCAGACUGUGGAUCGUCUAUAUUUUGUUAUGGAAUAUGUGAAUGGUGGUGACCUCAUGUAUCACAUUCAGCAAGUGGGCAAAUUUAAGGAACCACAGGCAGUGUUCUAUGCAGCAGAGAUCGCUGUUGGUCUGUUCUUCCUGCACAAGAAGGGCGUUAUAUACAGAGACCUGAAGCUGGAUAAUGUGAUGCUAGACGCAGAAGGACACAUUAAAAUAGCAGAUUUUGGAAUGUGUAAGGAAAACAUGGUUGAGAGUGUUUUGACACGCACCUUCUGUGGAACACCUGACUACAUUGCACCAGAGAUCAUUGCGUACCAGCCAUACGGGCGUUCUGUGGACUGGUGGGCAUACGGUGUACUGCUCUAUGAAAUGCUAGCCGGACAGCCACCCUUUGAUGGUGAAGAUGAGGAUGAGCUCUUUCAGUCCAUUAUGGAGCACAAUGUGUCCUACUCCAAAGCUCUGUCCAAAGAGGCUGUGUCCAUCUGCAAGGGGCUGAUGACGAAGCACCCCUCGAAGCGUCUGGGAUGUGGAGCAGAGGGGGAGCGGGACAUCCGUGAACAUGCCUUCUUUCGACGCAUCGACUGGGAAAGGUUGCAGAACAGAGAGACCCAGCCACCAUUCAAACCCAAAGGGUGUGGUAAGGGUGCUGAAAACUUUGACAAGUUCUUCACACGUACACAGCCACAGCUCACUCCUCCGGAUGAGCUCGUCAUCGCCAACAUCGACCAGUCCGAAUUCGCCGGAUUCUCUUUCAUUAACCCGCAGUUUGUCCACCCAUCUCUUACCAACACUGCAUGAACGAGGGAUGAGCCGGUCUGAAAGAGUACCUACACACCUGCUACAAUGCCCCAUACAAAUAUCCUAUUCAUUUAUUUCUGAAAGUCUUUUUCUCUUACCAUUUUCUUUCUACAGUUUCAGGAUUCUAAAACUUUAUAUGUCGAUUGUUUUAGGCCAGUCAGUUUAACUUAAUGAAGACUUUAAAUUCAGGUUGUUAUGUGUAGUUCGAGUGUUUACAUUAUAAACUGACUACAUAAUUGUGUGUAGAUUUGUUCAAACUGUGUAUGUUGAUCUCACUGCCAGUUUCUUAAUAGAUUUUUUGCCAUGAAAGCUCAUCACUGAUGAAGAAAGCCAUGCUUCCUGCUGUUUAUAUUCUAAUCCAUGUCAGUCUUCCCAACUAGGAAGCAAAGAGUAGGUGAAGAACCAGCAUAUCCUAGUCAGUCUUUUAUUUAUUUAUUUUUGAAAUUACCAUUGGUUAAUGUAAACUUCAAUGUGAUUCAAACCAGAACUUCCAAAAUCAAGUUGGCUAAUUUUAUGCUUGUUACUCAAGGUUAUACCAAACUACCUAAACCUCACAACUGCUCCGCUUUAGCUUUUUCUAACCAUGUAUGAUUACCAUGUACAAUAAUUGUAAUGUUUCUUGUACCUGUUUACUUGCGACCCAAGUAAUGCCUAGUUCACACGACAUGAUUUUUGCCCUGAUGCCCUGAUUUGCCGGCUCUGGAGCAUCUCGGCGUUCGCUCGGCGAUCGAAACUCGGCGAUCGAAACUCGGCUCUCAAUCGCUAUGUGUGAACUACUCAACAACUCGAUCCGAGCGACUCGCCGAACGCUCGCGACCGAAGAGAGAUUUCUAGCUCAUAAAAUAUCUGGAUCUGAGUCGCACAAUUGGCAAUGAGUGCUAUGUCAAACAGCCAAUGAGAACGCAAGAUACAGUGUGAGGAGAAACGCAGGGGAGGAGUUGUAAAAAGGUGGGACAGGGGCAUAGUAUAGUUUCUAUCAGAAUACAUCGGCACAUACACAAGUUUUACAGUAUUUCUGAUCUCAUCAUUUUCUACAAAACAUAACGUUGCUAAAUAUUUAUUAACCUCCAACUCACUAUAGAACAAUGCAAGCCAAAUCCACUCAGAUUCAUUAAUUUUUUCUCCUUGAUUUUACGCUGCACAUCAGCGUACAAACUUUGAUCUCUUGUUACUUGUUGACAUGCAUUUUUGGACGUGGUAUCAUUAACUCCCUCGUCGCUUCAUACGAUUGUUUUCAUGACAAAAUGUAGUUUGGGAGAUCAGAGAAGCCGGUUGGUGAUAGAUGGUGUAGUGUGAAACCCCCUAUCGCCGAUCAGUCGUGUAGUGUGAAAUACACACUGACUUGAACCAGUUGUGUAUUGUGAACUGUACAGCGACCUGAAAACUUUGAAAGUCGUGUAGUGUGAACUUGGCAUAAUAGAAGUCUGAGGGCAGUUGUGGAAUUCAAUCAAUGAUUGUUUAAAGUAUGUGAUUAUACUGUAUAUCCCAAACCAUAACCAUUACUCUCUAAUCUAGACUUGAUGUCAGGUGUAAUGUAAACCAAAAAUUUGUUUAUUUAUAAUACGUAUAAUAAGUUUUUUAUUAUUAUUAUUGUAUAUUUAUCAUUUUGAAGGCGGUAAUAUCUGGUAAUCAUUAAUGGUAAAAUAGAGUGAUCCUAGCAAGUGUAUCACAUGCCUAAGGAAAAACCCCUCACUAAAAUGCUUAACGGUUAGCAUAUGUAGAUUAUAUAAAGUGUAAUGACACCAAACAUCUUGGAGCUGUUUUUCCAAGGUAAGAUAAGAUGAACAUCUUUAAAUUUAAUUUAGACUUAGUUCAUGUACUUGUUGCUGUUGUUUUGGCUGGAGCUAUUGCUGUAUCUGUAUCUUCAUUAUUAACUACACAUAAUACAGUAUGUUAUAUUACUAAAUUAGUAAAACAUGUACCAACUGUCAUCUACAGUUUUUAAAGAAAGUCAGAUUGAAACACUUGAGAAUGAAAUGUGGAUUUGUAUUUCUGUUAGUUUUAUAGGCUUUAUUUGUAACUUGUAUGAGGUUUUAGCUAAAUGUUCUUUUCUGUUUUAAUGGCAGAUUUUUUUUCUUUUUUUUUUAAUGCAUUUUCUCCCUUUUUCUCCAGAUUUUUAGUGCGUCCAAUUUUUACCCAAUUGCAUUAUGCUUUCUCUCUACUGGUGCUGACCCCCCUCCCUGAUUGAGGAGAGCGAACUGACAUGCCCCCUCCGACACGCGUGCAGUAGCCGACUGCAUUCUUUCACCUGCACGAGGCUCCCUGGAUGAACAACAGCCAAACGUUGUUCAUUUAGCUGUCCAGCCCAGCCGGAUGGCAGAGCCAAGAUUCGAUACGAUGUAUUCGAAACUCCAGCUCUAGUGUGCUAGUGUAUUUUACUGCUGCGCCACCUGAGCGGCUUAGAUUUUUCUUUAAAUAAUAAUAAUAAUAAUAAAUAAACUAAAGCUUUUAUUAUA